AUUAGAUGGCUCGAGUACUUAGACAGGUGACAAUAAUAAUCGUUAUUAUGACUUGUACCUCCCUGUACCUCGAAUAUCAUCGUAGCGCAAACCUUACGUGGUGGAACUGUCCUGGUUUGGUUGCCGUUUGCGUGACCCUCUCUACUUAAGUGCUUACUUGGCGGUUCGGACAGCCGACGGGAUCUCAUUGUCAGGAACAACUUACAAGGCAGACAAAUAAUACAUCCAACUCUUCGCGCAGCCAUUUGCGAUCAGGGAUUUCCUGCUUUACUUUCAUCUAAACACUUAUCACUAGCGCGCCUAUCUUGUCUCUAGAGACCUUUCUAGCCUCUCUCCUCAGGUGUUCUCGUUGAUCAUGGGCUCCGGUGACGACGAGUGGGAGUUGGAUGAGGGGAUCCCUCAGUUUGGAGAUCCGUUCAUCCAAAAAUAUAUCAACGGCAGAGAAGCACUUAUCCAGGAAGAGCGCAAACAGCGUCAUGAUUAUACAUUUCGUAAAUCCAUGUCCCGCGUGGCUGCGGAGGCAUCCAGGAUCGUGUCCCGCAUCCGUGCCAGGGAGCAGCGAGAUGUGUGGACUGAUCAUUUAGAGGAAAAAAUCGCCCACCAGUCUGAUGAAGUGCUCUAUCCAGGUAUCAUGUUCAAUCUGGCCAAGGAUCGCAUGGAGAAGACGGAUCUCUGGAAGAUUGUGCACCGGAUGCCCAAAGGCGCACUGCUCCAUGCCCACAUGGAUGCCAUGUUUGACCUCGACUAUCUAAUCGAUCUGGCAUUUACAACGCCCGGAAUACACAUUUCCGCACCCCAGCCAUUAUCAUCGGAUAAGGCUCUAGAUGUGGCCCCGGUAUCUUUCCAGUUUUCCAAACGCCCUUUGUCCAAAUCGGACAAUAAGCCCUCGAUAUGGACAGAUGACUACGAGCCUUCGACCCUGCUUCACAUUCAGAAAGCUGCUUCUACCUUCCCGCGCGGUGGAGAGAGUGGAUUUCGCGAGUGGUUGAAGAGCCGUUGUAUGAUCGCUCCGGAUCAUUCGUAUAAUCACCAUCACGGAGUGGAUGCAAUCUGGGCCAUCUUUCAGCGGACUUUCCCCGUUAUCAAUUCGAUCCUGUUCUACGAGCCAAUACUAAGAAAGUGUCUGCGUCGAAUGCUCGACGAGCUUGCAGUCGAUGGGAUAAAGUAUGUCGACUUUCGAGUCGCGUUCCUCUUUGAAUAUCGCCGGGAAAACAGCGAGACCCCAGAGGACGACUACAUGGAGUUCCUUAACGUUUUCGAGGAGGAAGUCGAGGCCUUUAAAGCAACAGAAAAGGGAGCGAGAUUCCACGGCGCAAGAAUUAUCUGGACAACUCUGCGCCGGUUGCCAAACCGAGAUAUUGUCGAGAGUAUGAAGGAAUGCAUCGAAUCCAAGAAAGAAUUCCCAGAGAUAAUCUGCGGUUUUGACGUUGUCGGGCAGGAAGACCAAGGCAGACCACUCGUGGAUAUGACACCCAUUCUGUUCUGGUUUCGUAAAGCCUGCGCGGAGGAGGGCGUGGAAAUCCCCUUUUUCUUCCACGCGGGCGAGUGUCUGGGUGACGGAGAUGCGACAGACAACAAUCUGUUCGAUGCUAUCCUCUUGGGAACCCGGCGGAUCGGCCAUGGCUUCUCGCUAUAUAAGCAUCCUCUACUCAUCGAUCUAGUGAAAGAAAAGAAGAUACUGAUUGAAUGCUGUCCCAUCUCGAAUGAGAUCCUACGGCUGACCAGCUCGAUCAAAUCGCAUCCCCUCCCAGCACUGCUGUCACGGGGAGUCCCGGUCUCUCUUUGUAACGAUGACCCGGCUGUACUGGGACACGGCAGGAAUGGACUGACGCAUGACUUCUGGCAAGCGCUUCAGGGACUGGAGAAUAUGGGCCUCGAAGGCCUCGCUGUGAUGGCGGAGAACUCGAUCCGCUGGAGCUGCUUUGAAGACCAAACCACAGCUGAGUGGCAGAAGGAUAUCCGUGACGGUGUCACUGGGAAUGGUGUGAAAGCACAACGCUUGCGAGAGUGGUAUGCCGACUUUGAAGAGUUCUGCCAGUGGAUCGUGAUGGAGUUUGCAGACGAAGGGCUGGAUGGUGACGAUAACUGAGGUACAACCAAGAAAGAAGAAGACAAUAAUGAUAUAGGUUACUAGAACUUUGGAAUCAAUUCAUAAUAACACCUAAUUUGUCUCCAAUUUAGAAAAGCUCUCAUCAGACUGACAUGAGACGGUCA